AUGAAAUACGCGCUCACAACAAGUUCUCUCCUCGCCCUCGUCAGCUCGGCUGCUGUGCUAGCGCAAGCCAACGACUGCUACGAGGAAAAGGGCAACUGGUACUGCUCUGAAGUCCAAGCAAUCUCAUACUCCAACUUCGGCACUCCAGGGCAGUACCAGAAAGUCACCAAUAUGGGUUCGAGUGGCGAAUGUGAUUUCGGACCGCAAAGUUAUUCUGGAGGCAUGGCGCCCAUGGAUGACGAGGUGUCCUGGCAUUUCCGUGGUCCGAUCCAGCUGAAGCAGUUCGCCUUCUACACUGCCGGCUCGGAUAACAGCAAGCGGUCGAUUCAUCCAAACCCACACCAGAAGCGCUACGCCCACAAGCACCUCCAUCACUCCGGUCCUCCCGCCGCCGACGACGAGAAAGACGACCACGCGGAACACAAGCGUGCGGUCGGUGACUGGGUCACCGCCGCAAUCAAUGGACAAGUCGUUUCGUGGGUCAACCAGUACGAUGGAGGUGCAGCUGCAACUCCAGCUCCUGCAGCUGGUGGGGUUGGUGGCCAAAGAUUAGGGCCGGGAUCCGCAAGCGCGGCAUAUUCUGCUCCUGUGCCAGCCGCCAGCAUGAACGCGGGUUUGGGAAACUGGGGACGACAGGCCUACUAUCACGCCGAGCAAGGCACCGCCGAAGGGCUUGUCUUCCUCAACAACCACGGCGGUCAGGGGAGUGGAGUGUUCGACACCACCUGGGGUAUGUCGUUGUCGUAUGCUUCCGCCGACAACAGUGCUGGCUCCGCCUCGCCCGUCACUCUUGCCGACACUUUGAUCCCAGACAACAGCGAGUUCGUUAUCAUGACCGACAAGCCUUGUUCAGAUGGAAGUUGCGGAACCAUCAGAGACGGCACAGUCGCAUACCAUGGCUUUGACGGUGCUUCCAAACUCUUUCUCCUCGAGUUUAGGAUGCCUCUCUCGGGAAAUACUGGCUUCAACGGCGACAUGCCGGCCGCGUGGAUCCUCAACGCCCAAAUCCCCCGAACCAUCCAAUAUGGCAAAUGCUCGUGCUGGGACUCCGGCUGCGGAGAGUUCGACGUCUUCGAGGUCCUCGAUUCCGGCAACCAGAAGUGCAAGUCCACUUGGCACGGUAUCAAGGCCAAGGGCGACUCGAACUGGUUCCAACGACCGAUCAGCGGUACCAAGAAAGUUGCAGUGGUGUUUGAUGGCGAAGCCAGCACGGCGCACAUUAUUGUGCUAUCUGAUGACUUCAGCUUCGAGAGCACCGUUUCGCAGGCGACUAUCGCUGCGUCACUAAACUCAAUCUCAGAUCCGACGAAGAACAUUCGAAUUGCAUUGGAUAGUUGA